UCCAGAGGAGGAGAACCAAGUCCCGGAGCGAGCCGCGGGGGCGACGCCAGCUAUCUGAAUUCAAUCACUCCCAAAGUGUCACUGUAAUUGUAAAAUAAACUCGUCAUGCCGGCAGUCCUCCAACCCUUAAAACCUGUAUAUAAGGGAAGGUUCUACGAUACGGAUCCCGCGUUAUAUACAGCGGGGAAAUUAGUGCCUAUUACUGGAAGCGUUUUGGAAUGUCUGACAGAAAUUCAGCCCAGGCCCAUUACACCACCCAUGGUGAAAAAGUUUUCCAAUUGUAGGAAUCCCAAACCUGGUGCUGCCACAAUUUUCUAUGGCAAAGCAAAUGAUCCUGAUAUGGCAUCACUUUUGCAACAUGGAGUUUCUAGCAAAUCCUCUCAUUCCGUUGCUUCUUUGAUAAAUCCUCCAAUCAAGACGCGGGUUCAGCACAUAUUCUCAGAGAAAAUUGCUGCAGCUUAUCCAAGCCAUCAACGAGCUCCACUGGGAAAGUCUCACGAUCAAGCACCAAGACUACCCAAAGGACUAGAUAUAUAUAAUACCACAUUUGGGAAAAGAGUAAUUAAAGAUACCACUGCGAGCGAGCUUGUAAACCCACCGAAGACUCGACAACAAGUUAAUGAAGAAUCACAAAGAGGACAUCCACUAUAUAUUGUUACACAUAAUGAUUACAAUGUUGGGGAGCAGGUGGAUAGAAAGUACAAUUGGUCAAGAAUCAGCAAAGAAAGUGCAUUUGGAAUAGAGACUCCUUAUUUCAGUGAUGGACGAUUGGCUGCAAAAUCAUUGCACUGGUUAACUGAACUGCAACAACAAAAGUCUGCAAAGAUUGUAUCAAAAAUAAUUGAUGACUACAGAGAAAAAACACAUCAUCAAGUUGGAAAAGUCCUUGAUCCAAUUGUAGAUACGCUGAAGGUUCCCCCUAAUCAUACAUUUGGUGUCCUGCUGCAUCCUGAUGAGUAUGGAGUUGGAGAUCUUAUUUACAAUAAGAUUCCUACUAAAUUCAACCGAGAGAAGGAUAGGGAAAAGGGCAACUUAAAUACUAUUCGCCAGCAUUUAAAAAAAGCUAACUUUCAGAAUUUCAGAACACUUCUUGAAGCUUUUAAACAUUAUGACAAAAAUGGUGAUGGUAAAAUUGACCGAGAAGAGCUACGAGAUGUCUGUUUACAAUUUAACCUGAAGUUAGACCCCAAACUGAUGGAUGAAUUAUUUGACUACUGUGAUGUGGAAGGGGUUGGCACCAUCAACUUCUUAGAGUUUGCAAAUUUUCUGAAUUGGAAAGAUAAAAUGCCUCUGAGAGAAACAGAACAAAAGAUUAUUACAAAAGGAAGUGCGACAAACAAAGAUGGCACUGGGCUGGUAGCACCUGACGAUAUUGUACCAUUAGAAAUUGGUAGCUCAAUCAGGACACUCAGAACUAUAACCAGAAAAGAAGAUAAGUCUAAUGGCCACUAUCGUACAAGCUCUUCACUGAUCAAUGCAGUUUUUGGUAGUUAUUCACCAGAAAAUUUUCGAACCUGUGGUGUACCUACUAUUCGUACUGACUUAGCAGCUCCUCGUUUUCGUCGUAUUAGUGAUACGAUUAACUAUGGUGAUGAGGCAACUGCUUCAGCCUUGCUAAAUCCUUCUAUCUUUGCUCAAAGUCAAGUUUAUGAGAAAGACAUGUUUUUAGACAGGCCCAGAGAAGAGAUAAAGCAAAUAUUUUGUAAGGCUGGAGUGGAUAUGUCCAGAGAGACCUUUGAAGAAGUAUGGAAGUGUGCUGCCAAGAAACAUGCAAAGGGAGAAGUUUCUGUGGAGACAUUCCGUGAGGUUCUGGAUGAAAUUCAGACAUCAGCGACUUCAGCUUGUUGAGGAUUUGUAAUUUCCCUGGCAAAUUUAAGAUUUCAAUAAUAUUAAAUGCAUGAGGUUUUGUAAUUGUUUUUGAAAUUUUUGAACAGUUUCAAGAUUUCAAUUUGUGCUCAUUAUGGACGCAGCGUUGAAAACAAACUUUGCAGGUUAAAAAGUUAGAACAUUCUUCUAAAUGUAAUUAGUUUUAUUGUAGAUUUGGAACAAAAAUCAGUCAGAAUCUGUCAGAAAUCAUGCAAUGAGCUUCAGCUGUGUUUAUGGUUUGUGAAGGCCCUAUAAGUACUUUUACGUAUGAAAGGAAGUAAUGGGUUUUUAAAUGAAAACAUUAAAAUAUCUGUAUAACUCUGCAGUCUAUUUUAAAAGUUAUUUUCUUUCUGGCAAGUUUGUAAUAUGGUUGUAAAAAGCACUCCCCCCCCCCAAAAAAAAACUCCUUGGUAUUUACUGAAUAACAUAUCAACUCACAAUUGCACUUUUGUUAAAUGAAUGUGUGAUUUUUUUUCUGUGAAAUACAAACAGGCAAAAACAAUUUGAGGAUGAAUUUUCACAUUGGUUCUCCAAACCAAUUUUUGCUGUUAUUUUGUUGGAAUAUCAAUGAGAAGCAGUAAAUGGCAGAUGUGGAAAGCCUCCUUUGG